AUGGCCGAAUCUACAAAACUCAUCUACCAACAAGACGGACAGCUGCUGCUCCACGGCGCCAAAGUUCUGUCCAUCAUCCCAGUUUCCAAACUCCCAGAGGCAGACCAAGCCCUGGCCAAAGACUCAGCCGAAAUAGAGCAUGCCGUGGUCACUGACUCCACGAUCUUCCACGUCCAGGGCGGCGGACAGCCCUCAGACACCGGAACCAUGACCACGGACGUAGCGCCCAAAGCAGACUUAAUCUUCGAAGUGAAGUCAGUCCGCCAACCAGCCCAGGGGAACCAGAUCCUUCACUUGGGUCGGUUCGUCCCGGUCGGGACUACGCAGUUCGACUCCGGGGAGGAAGUCCAGCAGCGCGUUGACGCUGAGAAGCGGAACCUGCACUCUCGUCUUCAUACCGCUGGACACGUCAUGAGUUUGGCGAUUCAUGCGCUGUGUCGCGAGGGUGUGCUUCCCCCGGUGAAGGAGUCGAAGGCGUCGCAUUAUCCGGGUUCGGCGUCGGUUUCUUUCGAGGGGACGUUGGAGGGUAAGCAUAAGGAGCUUAUUCAGGCGAAGACGGAUGAGUUUGUGCGGUCGGCGAGUCCGGUUAGGAUUCAUUGGUGGUCCAUGGAGGAGUUGAAGGAGAAGUGUUAUGUUGCGGAGGGGUUUGCGUUGCCUGAGGGUGAGACGCUGGGGAGAGUGGUUGAGAUGGAAGGGUUGGGAAGUUAUCCUUGUGGUGGGACGCAUGUGACGGAUUGUAGUCUUGUGGGGAAGAUUGAGGUGAAGAAGAUUUCAAGGUCGAAGGGGUAUGAGCAUGAGCUAAUGUUGGAUGUUUGUUACGGAGCACACAUUUUUAAUACGGCCAUUAGAACUAGCUUGGAAUCAUCCAUUGUCAGGUCUGUAGAAUUUUAA